GUUUAUUGUAGGGAAAGAAGAAAUCCCCACCCAUUCUUACUCACCAGAGACAGCAUAUGCGAAAGUGGAACAGAAGAGGGAGAAGCACAAGGGAAAGCCGAGGGGAAGGAAUCUAAUCUCUCUGGUUAGGACGCUUGUGGAUUCCAUAUGUAAGCAUGGACCAAGGCACAGAUGCUGCAAGCAUUAUGAAGACAACUGCAUCUCCUACUGCAUUAAAGGCUUCAUCAGAAUGUUCAGCGUGGGUUACUUGAUCCAGUGCUGUCUCCGGAUCCCCUCUGCAUUUAGGCAUUUGUUCACAGAACCAUCCCGGCUACUCUCACUCUUCUACAACAAAGAAAACUUCCAGUUGGGGGCUUUUCUUGGAUCCUUUGUUAGUAUAUAUAAGGGGAUGAGUUGUUUCCUCCGCUGGAUCAGGAACCUGGACGACGAGCUGCAUGCUAUUGUGGCUGGGUUUUUGGCAGGUGUGUCAAUGAUGUUUUACAAGAGCACAACCAUUUCCAUGUACUUAGCUUCCAAACUGGUGGAGACAAUGUAUUUUAAGGGCAUCGAAGCCGGAAAGGUUCCCUAUUUUCCUCAAGCAGAUACUAUCAUCUAUUCCAUCUCUACAGCAAUUUGCUUCCAUGCAGCCGUUAUGGAAGUUCAGAACUUGCGACCAUCUUACUGGAAGUUCCUUUUAAGGCUCACCAAGGGCAAGUUUGCACUCAUGAACCGCAAAGCACUGGAUGUGUUUGGUACUGGUGCAUCUAGAGAAUUUCACAAUUUCAUCCCCAGACUAGACCCACGAUACACAGUUGUCACACCGGAGCUGCCCAUAGACUUUUCCUGAAGAUGAUUGUAACUUAUGGACUGUGUUUCACCAUUUUCUCCCGAAGAGUUAAUUAUAUUCAACACAGAAGGGGCCCAAGCUGAACCUCAGUGUUACUUCAAUGAGAGAUGCUUUUUCUUUCUUUCCGUACCAAUCAGAAAUACAGAAGCUUUUUAGAAAGGCAUUGCUUAAUAAUUAAGCUUCCUCUGUAGCCAGAAUCUGAUUCUGGACCAUGUAGUGUUGACAUGAUGAUAUAUUAUUGAUUAAAUUAUGUCCACAAAGAAUAUUGAAUAAUCUAUGUAGAAAUAUAAUAAGAGUAUACUUAAAAUUACUUUAAAAAGAUGUCUUUAGUUCAUUCCAAUAGAAUUCUUGGUCAAAGCUAAGACUAUUUCUCCACUUCAGGAUUUACAAAACAUCACGGGUACAUGGAUUCAAUCUGUGAUUUCUAAGCUUUGAAUGGAUUUCUGUAGCUAUGGAGUACUGUAGAUGUGAAGACCCCUCCAUGGGAAUUGUGGAGAAAGUGGUCACUCUUAUUUCAGGGAUGUAAACAUGGGUCUCAUAUUAUUUGGGCCAAUGUCAUGGUGGUAUCCAUGCUCUUUUGUUCAGCUGACAGUCCCAUCUCUCUUUGUGACCAGGUGGGCUGUUUGGCAGUCUAGUGAGCUAUUAGGAACAAAUGGAAACCAACAUGUGCUGCAGUGGGAAAAGUAUGUCUCAGUGUUCACAGGAGUGUUACACCUGAAUAUUGUCAAGCAGAUACUUAAAGGCCAAUCUUUACACCUCCUACAGGCAUAGUAGGUUUGUUUUCACUUCCAGUGAGUGAACUCUUCAUAGCUCAGUUUGAAUGCCAUUGGUGUUUUAGAAGGGGUUAAGAUCCUAUGGAAUGAAAGAGCUUUGGGCCAGUUUGACAGUUGGUAACCUUUCAAAUGUCUCACCUAAAAGGGGUGUUUUACAACUACAAAUGUGAAAAAUGCAGUGAUUGCUGGGAGUUCUCUUCUUCCUAAUUGGAUUUCUGCUCCCCUGCUUCCUGUUCAUUAACCAGUUCACACUGGAGUUAAGGGACAACAGACAGUUGGUGCUGAUUAUGGAAGCAGUCCCGGACAGCUGACUGAUAUAUGAUCACUGGGUUUUUCUGGGGAAAGCUGUACUUUUUUAGGUUAAUAAAAGGCUAAAAUUGGUGGUGUGUCUACAGUUAAUGUAACAUAUAGGAAUUAUCUUUAAAUAUAUAAUUUUGUUGCUAGAAAAAGGUUUCAGGCCAUUCUAAGUUAUGCAGUAGAACUUGUGUUAUGACAGGAAUUGUAACCCAAACAUUAAAAAUGCUUAAUUGCCCAUAUUCAAUUUCAUAAAGCCUUGUAUAAUUCUGUUUAUGUAAUCCUAUCCCUGGGUGUUAGGGGAUAUUGAACCCUCACAAAGAGACACAGACUCUAGUGCCACCACUUCAGUUUGGUCAGAAUUUUGCAUUGUGAAUAGCUUUCUAGAGCGAACUUUCUGAUUUGGUAAUACCAUUGGUUGAAGCUCAUUUUGGUUUUGGACUUCAGCUCUGAUUAAUUAAUUCAAUUUUAGGUUUUUCUUCACUGGAGUUGAACUGACGAUUAGUCCUGUGUUUACUUUUGAGAACGAAGUAUUAAAGCACUGAGAAUGCCUGGCUACCCGCACCUCAUUUUCUCCUCACAGAUUUUAUGUCUGUUGCAUUUUUCUAUCAAGUUAAAAAUUUAUUUUAAGCGAUAAGUUAUUAUUUUCAUUGGCAUUAAAAGACUGUGAUACUGAAUGGUUAAUCCGAUUGAGAUGUGCUAAAAAUGUUUAGUAAAAUCUUGCUGGUCAAAAAGGUGCAUUUGUACAAAAGAUAUAUUUUUAACAGAGUACACUCAUGUUCUUAUUGCAUGUAAAAUGUAACAGCAGACAACCACCAGGAAGCAAAAUACAGCAGUGAAUGUGCAGCUCAGAAGGAUAGCUCACUGACUUGCAGUGACAGAUUGAGAAAUACAGUCUGAAUUCAUGAGGACAGUGUACUUGUUCAAGCAAACAUGAAGAAAACAUGGUGUUCCUAAAGACAAUCAAAAUGUGCAUCUUUCUACCUCUGACUAAUCAGGUAUUGAUUGACAACUCCCUGUCAUCACAAAUAAAGGCAAAUAGAUGUCUCCAUUCCAAAA